AUGCCAUCCCAUCUUUUCACAACUCAACCAGGAAUUUCCCUUCAAUUUGGUUCAUUAGAUUUGGGUUCAAACUCUCAACCAAAAUCUCACCAACAAUCUAAUAUGAACCAAUCCAAUCCUCAAGCUAAUCAGCAAAUGCAAAAUGGUCAAUAUUGGACAGAUCCUAAAACAUUUAUUCCAUAUUUCCCAAGUCAAUAUCCAUAUCAUCCUCAAUACUAUCCAUAUAUUUACCAAUACUAUCAACCAACUGCUGGUCAAGGAGUGAAUGCAAACAAGAACUUUAACCAAGGAUUCUACCAACAACAAGAAGGAUAUGGAAUGUAUAACCAACACCAAACCAGUACUGGAACUGAGGAGAAUGAACAGACUCACCAAGAUGCUUAUCAUUAUCAAAUGCAACAACCAUACUUUGUGAUGUAUCCACAACAUAAUGUUGAUGCUAAGCAAAAGUCAGAAUCUCCUCAACACAAUGAACAAAAGACAAACAAUCCAUACCCAUAUCUUCCUGGUUAUCAAUCUCAAUACCCUCAAUAUUUCCCCAAUCAGAUGAUGUAUCCAACUCAUUAUCCAUCUGCAGGAAACACAACCACUAAUCCUAACAGCAAUACCAGUCAAAGCCAAAAGAAGUGGUAA